UGUUUUUAUAAAGCUUCAAAAGUUAUGAAUAAGUAGGCAAAUUAAGAGGAUUAUCUCAUUUUACCGAAGUGUUCUAUGAUUUAUGAAUUACGACCCACGAAAGAUUUUUGAAUAAUAUCUGAUUUUUGUCGGAUUGACUUAGAACUUCUGUUGAAGUCCAGCUAUUUGAAAGAGUGUUUUGGGUUUGGUAAAAUUAAAUUAUCUAAAUCCACUUCCAGUUCCAUUUCAUUGGUGAGAUAUAUUUCGUGUUUUAAGUGUUGUAGGAUGAAUUGCUUGGGUUGGCUGAUAACCCGGAGAGUGACGAUAUAUUUAACAAUCACAACCUCGACAUGAAUGUCCUCUACCGUAGUGGCGAGACUCAUCAGGGCAUUCCAACAUAUACUCCUCGUUUGGUUUCUGUUGAUUUUCAAGAGGAAACUAGUGGUAAAGCAAAUGAAAAUCAUUUAGGUUGGUCGAAAUUGAAAUUUGACGAAGAUCUUUGGAGACGUGUUUUUAGCACUCUGCUGCUUUUGUUCUAUGAAAUUUUACUUCAUUGGGGUGGGGGUUGGGUUUUGUUAGAGGAUUAUAAGUUCUCUAGGAAGUUGAGACUGUUCCUUUUGCCAUCUGAUUUGGCAUUUAUAUGUAUUGAAUGUCUCCAGAUCAAUUGUAGGACUGGUGGUGUCACAACUCAUUCAUCCGAGCCUUUGAAGAAGAACUUGUUCUUAGAAAGUCUGCACUUGGAAGAUGAAGCUGUGGGUAAUACUAGCUCUGAUAGUUGGAAGAAUGGUUCUAGAAGCGAAAUUCAAGAUAAAGACAUUGUUGAAUGUCUGGAGAAUGGAGUUCAAUACUGGACAGACUUCUCAAAAGUUCAUUAUCACCCACAGAGUUUGUAUGAGUUAAGUGGAUUGUGGAUGGACAUUGAGGAUUUUAACAAUUAUGGAUUCGGAAGAGAUGUAUUCUCAGGGGGUCUACGUGGAGAAGAAAUUAACGAGAGGCUUCGUUUUUUUAUUGAAGAAUGUGAUCAUGCUCAGGGAAUCCAAUUUGUUGUCGAUGACACUGGAGGAUUUUCUGGUGUAGCUGGGGAGUUUUUGGAGAAUAUUGCAGAUGAGUAUGCAAAUAUACCUGUGCUACUGUACAGGGUCAGCCCUGAUACUUCCAUAGAUCCCAAAAGCAGGAAGCAGACAAUCUCCCGCAACCUUCAUGAUGUGGUUUCAUUUUCAAGGCUAUCAGCUCUCUGUAAAUUGGUCGUCCCAGUUGGUUUGCCAUCCCUCAGUAGAAGUAGAACUUCCUCAUUUCUUCGUGUAGAAGACGAAAAGCCUUACCACACCAGUGCAGUUUAUGCAUCUGCAAUACACUCCAUCAGUCUCCCUUUUCGAAUGGAACAACUCGGGCCCAGUGCACAAUCAAGCUACACAUGCGGUGCAAUGUCUGUCAAUGACCUUGUACAGAUCCUAGCAGGCCAAUCCCGGCAGAAUAUUAUUAGCAUUUUGGAUGUUUCUAUGCCAGCACCUUCUUUCACUGGGUACCCGGCGCAACAAUCUUUGCUGGAGAAUUUGCAGCCAUUGACGCCUGACGUAGCCGAAGAUGCUGAAGACUUUCAAGCAGUGGAAUCCAUGACAGUUCAUGGAGUCUAUAGGGCAGGACGCCAACGGGCAUCAAUUACUGAAGUUAAGGAUGCAGUACAAGCUGCUUAUGAUAACGCAGUAACAAGGCCAAAAUUCUCACACCUAUCUGUAGCUCGUUGUCCUCUCCCUGUACCAUUGCCUUUUCCUUCAAUAUUUGGGAACCUAAUUGGUCAACACGGGGAGCUUCUGGAUACACCAAUUUCAGGUCCUGCAUCGAGAGGAUCACUCGAAGUCCACUCGAUUCCCAUGGCAGCAAGAUUGCGUUCCAGCAACGCUAUUUUGCCAUUUCUGGAAAAUAGAUUAGGAAAUCUUCGCAAGUUUGGUAUUGCGCGAGGAGCUCUAGGGACGGAGUUGCUCAGAAACUGGGGUUUCGGGAAGGAUGAACUCGAAGACAUUGGCGAGACAUUGUCUAAAAUGUUUACGACAUUGAAUCCUUAUUCUGAAGAGUCGUCGGAUUCUGAUUAAGGCUGCAUGUUGUAUUGCUAAAAUAAAGUCUGAACAAAGAUCACUUACAAAAGAAUCAACUUUUCCAUAGAGGGCUGCUUUCCCUUUUCGCACUCAAUGAAUGAAUGCCCAAUUCUGAACA